GUUUCUUUCUGCCCUUUAAAACCUCACUGACUUGGAAACCUGUAAAAACCCUAGAACAAAAUCGGUGCUCUCAACAACAACAACAACAACAGCCUUGGGUAAGGUUCACGGAUCUUUGGCUCGUGCCGGGAAAGUGAGAGGUCAAACCCCUAAAGUUGCUAAGCAAGACAAGAAGAAGAAGCCUCGUGGUCGCGCUCAUAAGCGUAUGCAGUGCAACCGCCGUUUCGUCACCGCUGCUUGCGUGGUGGAGCGUGUAGUUCUUAUGUCGUCAUCUUUAGUAGAUGCCCCUGCUCUUGAUAAUGCAGAAGCUUGUGAAUCAUUAGUUUCCCAGAUUGCUGAGCUUCAUAAAGGUAGCUUAUGUGAUGAUGGAAAUUGGCUGACUGACAAUGAUGAGGAAGCAGAUGAAGCAUUAUAUUUAGAUCGUGAAGGGAAAAGGAGGUGUGAGGAGUUUUAUAAUGCUGGAUACCGGGGUGGUGUAGCAGCAGGAACAAAUGAUGCUGCUCAAGAUGGUUUUAAUCAGGGUUUCAAGGAGUCAGUGAUGGUCGGAUACAAAUGGGGCAUUAUUAAGGGUCUUACCAGUGCCUUCACUCAUAUCCCGAAAGACCUGCAGCUGAAACUUGUUGAAUCUGAAGAUAAGAGAGAAAAUUUUCUGAACUUGAGUGAGGCUGUGAAUUCCAUUGGAAAUGAAGAUGCAUUAAAACUCUUUAAUGAUGGAAUCCAAUGAGGGGCAUCAGCUGAAAGAAGCAAAAUUAUUGAAUCAGAAGCUUCUACUCGUCCUAGUGGUUCUGAACAUAGUGGUCUGGAGAGUUACUUUGGUAAAAUGGACUUACUCCUCAAUGAGUCAGUACAACUGAAAGUAAACAAAUACAGGGUGCCUUAAAUUGGGAUUGAGAGGUGGGUAUUGCAUUAUAAGAGCUGAAAGUGGCAAGAGAAUAUUUUUUGCACUGCGUUGUAAUGGAAAUGUCCAUAUUUAAGGGUUUUUGGCAUAUAUUUUCAAGCUUAUUACAUGAUAGGGAGCUUCCAUUUUCUUGGUGUAUGUCUAAUUUCCCCCUCUUUGAGGUAAGAGGACACUAGACAUCAUAUAGUUUAGAGCGUUCGCUUCCCAAAUAGGUAAUAUGUAGCUUAUACUAUGGAGAGAGUUUUAGCAUUACAUAGAUUACUUGUAGUAAACAAGAAUGAUGUAAAGAUACAAUAUCACAUCUACCCAGGUUCGCUUUGACGGUUGAAUGUACUAUUUUGGAUUUUUAAAAACAAAUGUUACCUCUACUUUCUAAUUUGA